AUGGCAGGCAAGGUUGCGGGGGAUUCGGAGCCGAUCGAUUUCUCGCCCGAUUUUAUUGCUAUGGGCAAGAACUCGAAGACAAUCGUGUGCGAACUGUGCAAGUGCAAGGUUCUAAAGCCGGGAAUUGCCGAGCUUGUAGAGAAAGAGCUAGAGUUACCACACAUGAAGAAACAACCAGGCAGAGAUGAUCCAGCUGCUGGAGAGAAGUUGACCGACUUCUGGCUUGUCUCCAACAUGUACCACUUCGAAAACGUUGGUUUCUCUAAGCACGUAGGCACAAUCCGAUUUCUUUUGUGUGCUGAUUGUGAGAUUGGGCCGAUUGGGUGGCACGACACUGGUGAUAAAACUAAGUACUUUGUGGCAGCUAAUCGAGUGAAAUAUCUUUGAACAAUGAUGGACUAGGAGGUUUUUCAAUUACAUUAGUUAUUUGUAUGGAACUAUUGAAUGACUUGUGAAUGUAGCUAUUGUGAGCUUCAUGUUUAUAUGAUACUGAUCAGUGAGUUUAGAAAUUUGUCAUUUCAAUUACAAACAGGUUAAUGUGUUUUGAUUGGUGCUGCCGAUCUA